AUGGAAGGGCGCGGCUGGCCGAUUCCCUCUAGUGGGUUAACUCAUUCACCACCAAGAGAAGAGAAAAAGCUUGCUCACCUCACGGUCCUAAGUGGUGACUCGCUCAACGGUCCCAGCUUCAACCCAGGCACGAGAGUCUCGGGCGCACGGCUUGAGCCCUUGCGCGAAGCCGGAAGAGGGGCGAGCGAGGAAUCAGAUACGGCAGGUGGGCCUAAACUCGGCGGAUUCCGGAGUUCAAUCGGUGUUGGAUGCGAUGUUCUCGGCUCGCGGGAGUCAACUCGCCCGGACGGGAGAGGGCCGUCUACGAAGUCGAUAGGAUGCGUAAAUGAACUACUUGUCGAGAUUCAAGCGAUUGUCGAUCGGCAAAGUGGCCCAGGUCCAUAA